AUGGAGCAAGUAAAGAGUAAAGUCACGCGCAGCGAAAAGUUGCUUGAUAGUUUAGGAUCCGAGAAAAUAAGAUGGGAAUCUGGGAGUCAAGCGUUCGAGACACAAAUGGGAACAAUCGUUGGUGACGUUAUAUUAUCAGCUGCUUUUCUUGCUUAUGGUGGUUACUUCGAUCAACAAUAUCGUGAAGUUCUUCUGAACAAAUGGAUAAACCACUUGAUGGCUGCUGGUGUCUCAUUCAAAGGUGAUUUGUCGUUAACAGAGUACUUGUCUUCCGCGGACGACCGGUUGUCAUGGCAAGCCAACUCCCUACCAGCAGAUGAUCUUUGUACAGAAAAUGCUAUCAUGUUGAAACGUUUCAAUAGAUAUCCGCUUAUUAUCGAUCCUUCCGGUCAAGCGACUGCCUUCCUAAUGAACGAAUACAAGCACAGGAAGAUGGCAGUUACCAGUUUCUUGGACGAUUCAUUCAUCAAGAAUUUAGAAUCUGCGCUACGUUUCGGAAAUCCAUUGCUGAUCCAGGAUGUUGAGCAUCUGGAUCCUAUUCUUAAUGCAGUCUUGAACAAAGAAUUGCGUCGCACUGGAGGUCGUGUUCUGAUUAGAUUGGGAGGACAAGAUAUCGACUUUUCUCCAUCAUUCACUCUAUUUUUAUCAACACGCGAUCCUUCCGUUAACUUCCCUCCGGAUGUAUGCAGUCGUGUGACAUUUGUUAACUUUACUGUCACCCGUAGCAGUUUGCAGAGUCAAUGCCUCAACCAAGUUCUUAAAGUUGAACGACCUGACACGGACAAGAAGAGAACGGAUCUAAUUAAACUGCAAGGGGAAUUCAAAUUGAAAUUAAGACAUCUGGAGAAAUCGCUUUUACAAGCUUUAAAUGAAUCUAAAGGCAACAUUUUGGAUGACGCUAAAGUUCUUGAUACAUUAGAGACACUAAAGAAAGAAGCAGCAGAGAUUACCCGUAAGAUUGAGGAAACAGAGACUAUAGUUCAGGAAGUUGAGCAGGUCACAACAGAAUACACACCUCUUGCUUCGGCCUGUAGUUCCGUAUUUUUCGUUAUGGAACAAAUGAAUCUUCUCAACCAUUUCUAUCAAUUUUCACUUGAAUACUUCUAUGAAAUCUUCCAAUCUAUUCUUCACAAUAAUCCAAAUCUCCAGGACGUCACUGACAAUAACAAGCGUUUGAGCAUUCUCUCUCGUGAUUUGUUCAAUGUCACUUUCCAAAGAGUUUCACGCGCUUUACUUCACGAUGACCAUAUCACCUUUGCUCUCUUAUUGUCUCAAAUCAAACUGCGCGGUACACCUGACCAAGUUGAUGAAAUGGAAUAUGAUUACUUGCUGAGUGGUGGAGACGUUGUCCCUGGUGUUAAAGUUAGUGCUGCAGAUCUUGGAAUAUCUGAAGAUAUCUUUGACUCGGAACAUGCAGCGCGUAUAAAAGAAUAUUCCACACUGCCGUGCUUUAGAACUCUUGCUGAUGAGCUUUCUGACAAUGAAGAGAAAUGGGAGGAGUUCAUGAACCAUGAUGCUGCCGAGAAGUCAAUCCCAAUAUUCUGGGAAUCAAAUGUACCCGAAUCGGUUAAUCAGCUGCGACGAAUGCUUCUUGUCAAAUGCCUAAGACCCGACAGACUCAUACCUGCCGCUAAAUCAUUCGUUAGCGAAGUCUUUGACUCAGUCUUUCUUGGUCAAACAGAAUUGGAUUUCAAGGCUAUGGUACUGGAAGAAGUUCAACCGACAACGCCUAUAUCACUUUGUUCUGUGCCUGGUUACGAUGCCAGUUAUCGCGUAGAUAAUCUUGUUGCCGAAGUAAACGUUCGUUGCACAUCAGUUGCCAUGGGCUCUCAAGAAGGCUUUACGUUAGCUGAUCAAGCGAUCAGCUCCGCCAUUAAGACAGGUCAAUGGGUGUUGUUGAAGAACGUACAUCUCGCUCCCUCAUGGCUCGGUCAACUAGAGAAGAAACUUCAUAGUAUGAAAGCAAACAGAAACUUCCGCAUAUUUCUCACGAUGGAAACAAAUCCUAAAGUGCCCGUUAAUCUCCUUCGCUUAUCACGCGUUCUAAUGUUCGAACCACCACCGGGAAUCAAAGCAAAUCUUCAAGAUUCACUCAAAGGCAUUACACCGGCACGUGUUCGCAAAGGUCCAACCGAACUUGCCCGUUUGUACUUCUUGCUCGCUUGGUUACAUGCAAUUGUACAAGAGCGUCUUCGAUAUGUUCCACUUGGCUGGACGAAGGUGUACGAGUUUAACGAUUCCGAUCAGGACUUUUCCAUUAACACAAUCGAUGCCUGGCUGGAUAGUAUUGCACAAGGCCGAUCGAAUAUCUCCCCCGAUAAGAUUCCGUGGGAUGCUUUGCGUACUUUGAUUACUACGGCUGGUUAUGGUGGUCGUAUCGAUAACGAGUUUGAUAAGCGUCUCUUGGAAUCUUUUGUAAACACGCUCUUCACUCCAGCCGCUUACGAUCUUCACUAUCCUCUUGUCGAUGCUGACGAUGGCAAUCUUCUAAAAAUACCAGAGGGCACAAAGAUUGAGCAAUUUAUAAUGUGGGUUAACAAAUUACCUGAGAGAGAGCCUCCGGCAUGGUUGGGUCUGCCAAGCAAUGCAGAAAGAGUCUUAGCAACUUCACAGGGUUAUGCUAUGUUGGUCAAAGUUCGUAAAAUGAAGAGCAUAAGUGAUGACGAUGAAGUAGCAUAUUCGCAAGAAUCCAAUACAAAGAGUUCAGGAUCGUCUAGCCAACCAGCAUGGAUGCGACAGCUGUCUGCUUCCGUGAACAACUGGUUGAGUAUGUUGCCAGAAAAACUCAGUUCUAUGCAGAAGACUGCUGAUAGUAUCAAGAACCCGCUGUUCAGAUUCUUUGAUCGUGAAAACUCCAUUGGCCGUAGUCUUCUCUCGAAGGUCAGACAAGAUUUGAAUGACAUUGUGAAAGUUUGCGAUGGUGAAUUAAAACAGACGAAUCAUUUGCGUAUGCUGUUGGGUUGUUUAACUAAGGGUAUAAUCCCUGAUCAUUGGUGCAAGUACAAGAUACCAAAGACUAUUUCUCUUAAUCAUUGGAUUGCCGAUCUCAAGAGUCGUCUCCAACAACUUGAAUCCAUCACCCGUGAGACUGACUUCCAAUAUUUAGAUGUAUGGCUCGGCGGUUUGUUUAUGCCCGAAGCCUUCAUCACAGCUACUCGCCAGGCAGUGGCCCAGAAACACCAAUGGUCACUUGAAGAAUUACGUCUAGAAGUUGACAUAAACAAGCACGGAGAUGCUGACGCAUUUGCUGUAUCUGGUCUUAAACUUGAGGGCGCUAAAUGGGAUAAUGCACUUCAAUUGACAUCAACUCCGUUAACAAAACUCGAACUUACUCAAAUCCGCUGGGUUCUUAAGACUGAUGUUGCCGCGCUUAAAGAAGACAGUGUAUCGCUUCCUGUAUAUCUUAAUAGCGAUCGAAGCGAUCUGCUUUUUGUUGUGAAUGUUGACGCCAAAGCAUCUGACAAGAAUAAGAUCGCACAACGUGCUGUUGCUAUAGUCGUGUGCUUCUUACGCAAGCUUUGCUUGGCUGAAAAGUCAGCCCUAGUUCUCAAAAGAAUUUCUAUUGCUAAUAGACUAUUGCAACCUAAAGACUGGAGACACGUUUCAUUAAUAUCAAGCAUUCUUGAAAUGGGCGGUGGUUCACCAGGAACACUGUCUCCUGCUGAGGAACUCGUCUUGCAAAUGUCAAGCCUUACUGCUGACGAGAGUGGGGAGUCUUCUUCACAGCAGACAGCCGGUGAAGAACCCGCGCAAGUUCGUCUUCUAUAUUCGAAAAGCAAAGUCUAUGUUCACCCUAAAAGUGACAACGAAGAUAACAUUCCAGGGUUUCUUUGCAUUGUGGAGAGGUCACCAAAUAGCUUUCUCCUCGCUUGGACACCAGAAUCGUUACUAUCAGCGGAUGAAUUGGAAUCGUACGUGCAGGUCGAGGGCGGAUCGGACAGAGAACUAGAGGACGAUGAGAGUUCAUGGAUAGAGGCAGGAGGUGAAGAAGAUCACGGGCUUGGAUCCACAAUACUCAUCGCGCCUCCACCGACGGCAAUAACAGCUUCCGUACCAACAGCAGAGACACAAUAUGCUAUAUCGAUACCGGUCAAUUCAAUCUAUUCUAUUAUUGUCAACCCGCCAAAAUUUCAGCAAUGGUAUGGAUCAGUGGUGAUAAAUCUUGUAGGUGGAAUAACUUUACCUGCACUAUACUUCCACGAUGACGAAAGUCGGAGCACGAGGCUUCAGAGACAGAACAAUAAUCAGAAAAAUGGUGAAAUCGAAGACGAUGAUGAGGAAGAUAGUGCGGUGGCUCAUUGGGGUGGCGAUGAAUUAAUCAAGUGGCUUGGGAAAGUAGCUGUUGUCGUGAGCUCUGUGGUUGAAUCCAAUUUACUCCUUGUUAAUCCAACGUCUGAAGAUCUUGUAAAUCACAGCCCUCCGGCAACCGAAGUGAAGCCUUCGGCAAGAAUGACGCAGGGGACAUCUAGACAAAGACCAUUGUCUGUGCAAAUGGAUCCUUUGGUAUCUGCCGUCAAAGAGAUUCGAUGGAACGUUAUGGAGAGAUUUUCAAAAGUUGCUAGAUUCUCACGCGAUGCAGCAGUUACAAUUCUUGAACAUCCAUUGGCACGUCCUAUCCUACCUCAUUUACCGCCAGCAUUGAAUAACAUUGCUCAAUCAGAAAAUGCUCGGGUAGUAAUAGACGAAUAUGAUUCAGGAAGAGUCUAUUUAGCCAAAUGGGCAGCAAGAGUGGCUGAAGAAGCAGAGUCUCAAAAUGAUAAAACAUGGGUACCUUUGUAUAAGCCUGGAGGAGUGGAGGAGGGCGGCAGCGUACAUUUUGAGGAAGACACCGAGUUGGGGCCUUUUGAGAUACUGAGCACUAAAACAAGUUUGCCACCCAUACGGGAUACGCGCACGGUUCCACUAAACGCUGAAAGUUGGUUCUCGUUCUUCGAUACUGAAGGAAGGCUUAAGGUUGAAGCAGUGGAUGUCAGACAAGCUAUAUUUCGAGGCGGAAUUGAAGAGGACAUACGCACAGAAGUAUGGAAAUUCCUAUUGGAUGUGUACCCUUGGGAAUCAAGUGAGGUGGAAAGGGCAAACAUCUUAGAGGCGAAGAGACAUGAAUAUUUUGCUCUCAAAAGUGAAUGGUGGUCUUCUACAGAAGUACAAGCUGGUGCUAUAUUCCAGGAUCACAAAGUCCGUAUAGAGAAGGAUGUUAUUAGAACGGAUAGAAGCGUGUCAUUUUUCAAAAGUGAGGAUAUGCCUCACCCAGAUCCAUUAGCUGGCUCGUCAUCAAACUUAACAAAUAAGAACCUGGAGUUAAUGAAGGAUAUAUUGAUGACGUACAAUUUUUAUAACAAAGAUUUGGGAUAUGUACAAGGUAUGAGCGACUUGCUUGCUCCAUUGUUUGCGGUAAUGAACGAUGAAGUGACAGCAUUUUGGGCAUUUGUCGGGUUUAUGGAUCGUAUGAAAUACAACUUUUAUGAAGAUCAAACUGGAAUGCGGAGACAGUUAUUGACAUUAGAUCACCUAAUACAAUUCAUGGAUCCCGUAUUCUAUAAGCAUCUACAGAAAACUGAAUCCCUCAAUCUAUUCUGCUGCUUCCGCUGGAUACUUAUCUGGUUCAAACGAGAAUUCAAUUGGGAUGACAUCGCUCGGCUAUGGGAAGUGCUCUGGUCUGAUUAUUUAACUGGACAAUUUCAUCUAUUUGUGGCUCUCGCCAUCCUUGAAAAACAUAGCCGAGUGAUAAUGGAGUUUCUACCUAACUUUGAUGAAAUAUUGAAAUAUAUAAAUGAUCUCUCUAUGGACGUUAACCUGGAAGAUACGUUGAAGCAAGCUGAGAUGUUGUUUUAUCAGUUUCAGAGAAUGGUAGCAGCAAUUGACGCCAAACGGAUGGAAGAAUCGGAGCAGAAAGAACCGCAUGAAGGACUUAGAAAGAGGGUCAAUAAGCGACCUGAAAAUGGUGAAGGAAGUUCAACACAGGAUGAUGCUACCAACAAAUUGCCAGUCAUACCGGAUGAUCUUAGAGACUUACUGAAUAAAGAAUGGCCAAGGAUAGUCGCCGAACAGACAAGCAACCCGGUUGAUCUGACUCCUAGUUCGAGAUUGGCUGAGUUGCUUUACAUAGCUAAAGAACAAGAUGAAGGGGAUGAGGUGCGUCCAUGUGAAGUCAUUGAUGACGAUGUUCUGGACGAUGACGAAGCAGAUGUGCAGAAAACUGCUGAGGGAGAAGACGGUACCAUAACGCAUCAUUCAAAAUACAUCAGUAAUAUUGAUCCGGACAAUACUCUAGAACCCAAAGAAGCACCAAAUUAUUCAACGUGGUAUAUGACCACUCAUCGUGCUGCUUCUACGUGUGCCAUUUUCAGCGGAGACGGAAAAUAUGCAGCAACAGGUUCAGCCGACGCAUCAUUAAAAGUCCUCGAUACAAGUAAGAUGAAUAGUCGGUCAGACGAAGAUCGUCCCGUCAUUAGAACUUUAUAUGAUCAUCUUGCUCCAGUGAACGAUCUUUCUUUCCAUCCGAAUGGAUUGGUACUCGCAUCAUGUUCCGAUGACCAAAGCAUAAAAUUAUUUGAUCUAUCAAAACCGGGUGUUAAACGAUCGUUCCGGUAUCUUCAGGAUACUCAUAUAGUACGAUCAAUAGCAUUUCAUCCGUCAGGAGAUUUUAUAUUAGCUGGCACCGAUGAUGAAUCAAUCAGAGUAUACGAUGUAAAGUCUUUCAACUGCUAUACAGCUUCUACUAAUCAGAAUGACUUGCACCAUGGUGGAAUAACGCGAGUUCGCUUCUCUUACAAUGGCUCGCAAUUCAUAACCAGUUCCUUAGAUGGCAGUAUUAAAAUCUGGGAUGUGGUCACUGGCCGAUGUAUUCGGACAAUAGAACAGGCUCAUGGAGGAUCGGCUGUAUCGAGUGUAAGGUUUUCAAAGAAUGGAAAAUAUGUUCUGAGUGGGGGUCGAGAUUCGUUAUGUAAACUGUGGGAGGCUACUAGCGGACGUUGUUUGAUUACAUAUGAUGGGGCCGCGCAAAAGAAUAACACCUUACAAACAACAUUCACAUAUAACGAGGACUUUGUCUUAUCUUGUGAUGAAUCCAACAACACAAUCGUAUGUUGGGAUUCGCGAACCGGCGCUUUGCUGAAGAGAUUACCAGGUCACGCUGGACUUGUCCGAUGCGUAGCGGCCUCUCCCACAGAGCCCGGAUUUAUCAGUUGCAGUGAUGAUUUCAGAGUCAGGUAA